AUGGCGUACACAAAGAUGCAACUGUUUUUUUUCCUUAUCAUUUUUGGUGUUCUAACUGCUAUCUUGAUUCUAACAUGGAAGUAUAUUCUUGGCCAGGCUGCUCUUUAUAUAUAUGCAGGCACACCAUCAGCUACAAGCAAUUAUUCAGAUGUACACAUUUUCCCAAAAUAUCUAAAUUCUAUAAUCCCCGUUAAAAAAACAAGUCAUUUUGUGGUGUCUGCAUUCAUGGAACACAGGCUCAAUAAAGAUAUUCGAGUUAUCAGCAUUAUCAAAAGAAACAGUACACAGCCACUUUAUUGCAUCUACUGCAACGAUAUCCAAGGUUGCAAGGUUACUGCAGCAAAAAUUGAGAUACACUCAGAUCAUUUUGGCUUUCCAUAUGGUGCUUCAGAUGUGCUGUGCCAGGGCAAAUACACCCGAUAUGCGAGUCACGUCGCCAUUUCAGCUGAUGAACACUCAGACAUUAAUAACCUAGACUUCCUUCCAGUAAAGAACAAAAAGAAAAAAGAAUCACUCCAGUACAACUUCACCAUCUGUAUAUCCAACCUUUUUGGAAACUAUAAUAAUGUUCUGCAGUUUGCUCAAACCAUGGAGAUGUACAAGCUUCUUGGUGUACAACGAGUUGUAAUCUACAACACAAGCUGUGGGUCUGACUUGACAAGGCUUCUACAGCACUAUGAGAAAGAAGGAUUUCUAGAGAUUGUGCCAUGGCCUAUUGACCAGUUCCUUAACCCAUCUACAGGAUGGGAUAUUACAGUUAAUAAAGGGGACCUCCACUACUAUGGCCAGUUGGUAACACUCAAUGAGUGCAGUUAUAGACACAUGUAUCAGUCCAAAUAUGUCCUGUUGAAUGACAUUGAUGAGAUCAUCAUGCCUUAUAAGUACCCUAAUCUCGAAUUACUGAUGGAGUCUCUGCAACACGAGCACAAAGAUGUGAAUGUAUUUCUCAUAGAGAACCACAUUUUCCCCAUGACACAGUUUGAAGAAAGUGGUAGGUUUCACAGGCCAGAAUGGAAAAGUAUUCCUGGUAUUAAUAUUAUGGAACACAUUUACAGAGAACCAGAUAGAAAGAACACCUACAACCCCACAAAGAUGAUCAUCAACCCAAGAAACGUGAUACAAACAUCAGUGCAUUCUAGCCUGAAACACAUUGGACGGGACUAUAAAGUUGCUUUUGAUGUGUGUCGGAUUGUUCACGUAAGGACGCCAUUACAAGGAAGUCUUACCAAGGAGCAGUUAUUUGUUGACACAAGAGUGUGGGACUUUGAACAAGAACUGAUACCAAAUGUGAACAGAGUCCUAGAGUUAUCCGGUUUGUUGAAAAGUGAAGAGUAAUGUUUUUUGUUUGUUUGAAUUUUAAUUUCUUAAAAAACAUGCAUCCACUAGCUUUAACCAACAAAGUGACUCAAAAGUGUUUAGAAAAAAAGAACCUGUUUGGGUUUAUUCUGCACAAUACAAUAUCCACCAUACUCCAGAAGGUUGUUUGAAACAGAUGAUUACCAUACUUAUUUAAUUAAGUUAAUUAUUGAAAUAUUUUUUACAUUUUAUUACUACAUGCUGCAAACUAGCUAUGUCUGUGAUUUACAUUUGAAUGUAAAUUCAUUAAUAGUUCACGCAAUAUUGAAGUGAAGUGAAGUGAAGUGACAUACGGCUAAGUAUGGUGACCCAUACUCAGAAUUUGUUCUCUGCAUUUAACCCAUCCG